GGCUCAGUGCAGCGGCAGCAAGUAGCGCGCGCUCACGCCGCAGCGUCCAACUCACGCGCUCUCCGCUCCGGCAUCGCGCCGUCACUCCAUCAGUCCGGCUCGGUUGGAGAAGAUGACCGUGGUUCCCGAGUUGCCAUCUGCGAGCUUCACCUCCUCGCGCAGAGAAAAGAGGGAGUGAAUCUCUCUUUUCUCUUUAAAUCGGGGAGGCAGUCGACGCUCAGCACUCAUUCAAUCUUAUCCGUUCCUUUUUUUUUAUCCCUUCUCUCUCUCUCUCUCUCUCUCUCUCUCUGCGCAUUUUCUCAUCCCUUCCUUCGUUUAAGAGGAAACCGCACUGUUAUUCUGCACGGAAGGGAAUACCUGGGGCAUCGUUUUCGUUUCGGGCUCUGUUUUUCUUUUCCCUUUUGCUCUUUAAACAUGGAAAACAUAAAUGUGGAGACGGUGGAGAAGGAGUGCGACGCGCUCGGUGGACUCUUCCAGGCGAUUGUCAAUGACAUGAAGUAUUCAUAUCCGGUCUGGGAGGACUUCAGUGCCAAGGCUACCAAGCUGCAUGCCCAGCUCCGAACCACCGUGCUUGCAGCAGUGGCUUUUCUGGAUGCCUUUCAAAAGGUGGCAGACAUGGCAACCAACACGCGAGGUGCCACCAGAGACAUCGGCUCAGCCCUGACCAGGAUGUGUAUGCGUCACCGCAGCAUCGAGGCCAAACUUCGCCACUUCACCAAUGCUCUGAUGGAAAGCCUGAUCACCCCUCUACAAGAGCGGAUUGAGGACUGGAAGAAAACAGCCAAUCAGCUGGAUAAAGACCAUGCCAAAGAGUAUAAACGAUCUCGUCAUGAGAUAAAGAAGAAAUCUUCAGACACUAUGAAACUACAGAAGAAAGCAAGAAAAGGCCGUGGGGAUUUGCAGCCUCAGUUAGACAGCGCCAUGCAGGAUGUGAACGAUAUGUACUUGCUGAUGGAGGAGACGGAGAAGCAGGCAGUACGGCGCGCCCUGGUGGAAGAAAGAGGGCGCUUCUGUACCUUCAUCAGCUUCUUGCAGCCUGUAGUGAAUGGAGAAAUUGCCAUGCUGGGAGAGAUCACACAUCUGCAGGCUAUUAUUGAUGACCUCACUGUGCUAACAACUGAUCCCCACAAACUGCCUCCUGCCAGUGAACAGGUGAUAAAGGAUCUGAAAGGUUCAGACUACAGCUGGUCCUACCAGACCCCUCCAUCCUCCCCUAGUAGCUCCGGCUCUAGAAAAAGCAGCAUGUGCAGCAGUGUGAACAGCGCCCACAGUAGUGCCUCUCGCUCAUCGGGAGGCUCGCAAACUCAUUCACCCAGUUCGUCCUGUCGCUACCGCAGCCUGGCACAUCCGCCUCCAGGAGGUGCCCACCGCCUCAGCAGUGUCUCCUCUCAUGACUCGGGCUUCAUCUCUCAGGAUGCCAACAUCUACUCCAAACCCCCCUCACCCAUGCCCUCGGACAUCACCAGCCAGAAGUCGUCAAGUUCAGCAUCUUCAGAGGCCUCAGAAACAUGUCAGUCAGUGAGUGAAUGCAGCUCUCCUACAACAGAUUGGUCCAAGGCAGGCUUGCAUGAGCAGCCAGCAGCCAACACGCUCCAGAGGAGGAAGGAGACGAGAGAAUCGGAAUCAUCGCCCCAAUCUCAAGGUUAUGCUGGGGUGCAUCCUGACGAUCCCCAGAAGUCCAGGAUGACCCCUGCCACCAUUGCAGCUAAGCAUGGUGAGGAGGUGUCCCCAGCAGCCAGUGACCUGGCCAUGGUACUUACUCGUGGCCUCAGUAUGGAGCAGCAGAAGAGCAGCAGAGACUCGCUUCAAUAUUCUAGUGGAUACAGCACACAGACGACCACACCUUCAUGCUCUGAGGACACUAUUCCCUCUCAGGGCUCUGAUUAUGAUUGCUACUCUGUAAACGGUGACGCUGAUGCUGAUGGCCAGUCUGAAUUUGAUAAAUCGUCCACAAUUCCACGCCACAGCAAUAUUGCUCAGAACUACCGCCGCAUGAUCCAGACCAAACGGCCAGCCAGCACAGCUGGCUUGCCCAGUGCCAUGGGUGCCCAGGGAGGCACUGGGGGUGGUGGUGGAGGAUUGGGCACUCCCGGCACCGCCACCAUCCGCCGAACACCUUCCACAAAGCCUGGUGUGAGGCGCACCCUCUCCAAUGCAGGCCCCAUCCCUAUCCGGCCACCCAUAGUGCCAGUUAAGACGCCCACCAUUCCAGACUCACCCGGUGGCUACCCUGGGCCUCCAGCACGUGUGGGCAGUGAGGAAUGUGUGUUCUACGCAGCAGAUGAUGCCUCUCCUGCUGCUAUGGAGUAUGUGAAGGCUUCACCGAAGCGCCUGAGCCUGCCCAACGCAGCUUGGGGCACAGCGGGUGCCGAGAUGAGCGUUUAUGGGCAGCCGGGAGAAGAAGACCAGCUGCUAGCCGCAAACCGCCACAGUCUGGUGGAAAAAAUUGGUGAGCUGGUGGCCAGUGCCCAAGCCCUGGGAGAUGGCCAGUACCCUUUUCCCUCACUGGCAGCAGAGGGCCAGACCGAUCCACAGAGUAAAUGUCCCCCGCAGGAAGGAGAGGACAUGCUGGUAUCUAUCCGUCGAGGCGUCCGUCUGCGCAAGACCGUCUCCAAUGACCGUUCGGCGCCACGCAUAUUGUGACAGCUAUUAGAGAGAUAAAUGAAGGUGCAGUUUAAAAAAGCACUCUGCGCUGACUCUGUAGAGAACCACCUACAAAAAGAAGAGGAUUAAAAAAAUUCAAUUCAGUGUUUAAAAGAAGUCGUUAUAGUAAGUAACGAUCAUGAGAAAAAAAAAUAGAAGUAAAAUUCUAAAUAACAACAGGCUCAGGCCACUGUAACUUGUAGCGUGUCUGGACGCAUGUUUGUCAUAUUAACACUACCCAUCAUGGCAGGAUAGUCAGGCUCUAGGAAGAACAAGGAAUCAGCGCAUUAGUGGACAAAACAUUUCCUAAUUCUGGACUCCAGGACUUAGUGCUGGAAAAGCUCAUCUAAUGAAUAGAGGACGGUCGGGAGGCACAGUCUCAUAAAGAGACUCUCCCUGUAUUUCGCCCCACUGCCACCUCCAGCUCUGCGAUGUCACACUGCCAGCUAAACAACGGCAACAGAGCUGUCUGUGAUUGGUCAGUGUGACUGUCAAUCAGGCUGAAGAUGAGCAGGGCUCUGCUGCAGGUCAGCUUGUGGUUUUGGAAAUGAUCUUCUCUUAACACACCUCUGUUAACGUUUUUUUGUUUGAUUCUAAGCAAAUAAUCUUGAUUGCAGAUCCUGAAAUUGAUGGUGUGUAUAUCAGCUGUAUGUAUUUUUUAGAACUGACCUAAAAAAAUGCCAAUAUAACGUGGAGCAAUAAUCUUUCUGUUCAAGUUGAAGAAAGACAGAAGUAUAAGAAUAGAUUUUAAUGCAUGUAGGUGCAGAGGUUGUAGGCAGGGCAAGGCCUUGGGCAAUUUGGUUCUGGUUGUGAUAUUAAGGGAAGGAAAGGAGGCCAAGAGUAGCAAAUUGGAGGCCAAGAGAAGCAAAUAGGAAUCCAAGCACUUUGAAGACACAGUAGUGGCCAUUAGGGGUCAGUGUAGCUGCACUGUGUACAGGAAAUACUGAGAGGAGAAAGAGCUGCUUACCCUAAAGCAGGGACCAAACUCAGGGCAUGUAGGGCUAAAGUCCAGCACAGUUUGGUGAUCUGUUUAUGUUGUUCAAGAAAAUAACACAUUAAACAAUAGAUCAUUUUAAAAAAAACAUUUACACAGCUGUCGAGGGUCUGCAGAGAGGCUAAUGAAGAACUGUCACAAGGAUGGUCUGAUUUGAUUUAGUUUUUUACUGUUCACGUUUUGUGGUCGAUUCAAAAACCAUAGUCCAUAUAUGUACAGAAUUUGUUAGCCAGCUUGCUAUCAAGCACAACCCUAGCAGCAUUAACAGAAUAUGCAAGCCAUUUGCAAACAUUCAUAAUCUUCAGUGCUAAUAGUGCUAGCACAGCUAGUGCUUACCAUAAGCGUACAUGACAGGAUUUCUCAAAGCAAAUCAAGUCGAAUCUAACAGAACACUGGCUAGCUGGCUAACAAAUAACUUUUAUGACCUCUUUUGUCAUAAUUGUAGAUAUAAAAGCCCUGAUUGACACAUUGAAAUGUUUGAAAAGCAUUUUUUUUUAAUUCGACAAUUUUCUUGCUCAAAACCGAUUUAAUAAAUCAGUCACUACGAAGUGAAAACAAAUAGAGUAUUCAGAAAAGAAACAAAGUUGAAGUAGGUGUAUUAGAGCAUAAAAAUCACCAAACUGGACUGACCUCUGGCCAUACAUAGCUAUGGAUGAGCAUCCUCGCCCUAACAGAUGGAGCAGAUAAACAGAGAAAGAAAUUAGAAAUGGCUUGAUAGUAAAAAAGAGUGGAAAAGAAAGUGAAUCAGAUGUGUAAAUGAAAGAGUGACUUUGGGUGGUAAAUGAUUUUAAUUUUAUUUAAUUCUUCUAAAUUGAGAAAUUGUCUUUUUUUAAUUGAAUUGAGGUGAGUUGAUCUCACCUUUAGAUCCUGAGCCUCCAACCACGCCGCUCUGACUCAGCUAGAUGUCCUGGAGGUUGGUAAAUGAGCUAAGAUGAAGGCACAAACCUGGUAGUCGUGUGAAAACGAAAAGGAAAGAGAUGGUGUAGAGUCUGGUGUGGAACCACAGGGAGAAAAGAGGAUGAAAAAAGGAUAGAAGGCAAAGGAUUGACAUCCAGUGCUUUAUAAUGUGAGCAUUCCACUGCCUGAUCUAGAAAAUAGGACAUGUUAUGAAAUUAAACAAUGUGGCAUUUUAUAAAAAUAUCGCAUGGACGCAGCGGUUUCCUGUGAGUACCCAUUUCAAAGCGUGACAGAAAAGAAUGCCUUUUGGGGUUGGAGUGGGUAAUAGGUGGCCAAAACACUGUUUUAGUCCUGUAGUAUCUGUCUGUGAGUGACCUUCUGUGCUCCCAUGGUUCACUAUAACCCCCUGCCGUCUCGCAUAGUUCUGUCGCUCGAAAUGACCACUACAUGUGCGACUAAAUGGACACGUAAUACUUAUUAAUAUUUUCUGUUUGUUUUGGGAUUAUUUAUUUUGCAUAAAUAGAGCACUCUGUUUUAGGAAUGCCUGUCUUUUAGGAAUAAAAAAAAAAAAAAAUGUGUAUCUGCUUUGCAAGAGUGUAUAAGACUGUACCAGAAGGAAUGGUGUGAGAAAGGCACAAGACUGGUAUUAUAUGCCAGGUGCAAUGAUGAUCACUCUUUCAGGAAGUACAGUACAGCUCUGUAUAUAUGAUCACAUAUAUAUAUACAGUAGAUACAUAUACUAUAAAAGGAGGUGGAAAAGGAGUAACUGUACUGCUCUCGCUGGAUAAAAUCAUGUCUGACGCAUUGUCCAGUAGUUUGGAAGAAGGGAUAAAAGUAAAGGUGAAAUCUAUGACAGCAAUACAGCAGAGUUUCUAGUCAAAUUCAAGGAGGAAAAAAAAACAACCAUGUCUAAUAAUAAGUCAGUAUUUGUAUACUGUUUGAAUGUGUAACAUGCUAAUUUCUUGUGCUUUACAUUGCUCUGAUAUUUCAUACUGACCCAGAUAUGAACCCAUGCAGUGAGUGUGAGAAAGACCAAGGGGGAAAAGAUGAAAGGAAGAGAACAGAGUGAAGAAGAAAGAUUGAAAGAGAAAGAGUGGGGAUGCAAAACAGCAAAAGUAUAACAGACAGGAAAGCACGGAGACAUGAAACGGUUCUGAAGGAAUGAUUAAAUGGCACCGGGAAAUGGAGACAUAUAGAGAAAAGAACAAAACAAUUACCAUUCUUACCGUUUAUCUGUAUCAGGGGCGUCAAAUUCAUCCUUUCAAUUCAUUUCUUCCUGCGCAACUUAUUCAGAUCUCAAUUAUUUGAUAAGUGAAAUCAAUAAAUAUACAUAUUAGAGGCCUAGAUAGCUAAUGAAGUCGUUCUAUACAUGGAUACUAUAACUGAUCCCACUUUUCUCUGUAAAAUGAACGGAUAUCUGUGGACAAAAUAGAAUAUUAAAUAUAGAAGAAUGAUAUGUUCUUCAUUUGCGUCAAAAUUUAAAUGUGUUUCUGCCAUGUGGUUGAAAAUGUAAUGUUGAAGUUAGCUAGAAAACUGUCUUCAAUUUUUAGCUAGCUCUCUUAGCCUGCUAGUUUAUUUGGCCUCAAGCAUAACUACAAUAUGCUUACUAACAUACUGUCAAGCAGUUCUAUUUAGAGGGCUGUAAAUAAUGUGACAUAUUGGAAGUAAUAGUCAUGUUUGUGAGUGUAAUUCACAUGGUGAUAGACUCAGAUAGUGAGAUAAAAGAAAAGAAAAAAACCCUUAUAGGGGCCUUGGCUGAAAAUCUUAAGGGAGUAUACACAACCUGCACUAGUAUCUCUGUCCUCUAUUGGCUAUAUAGGUUUCUAAUAUGUUUAAAUGUGGUUAAAUCAGGUGUGUUAAAGUAGAAAAUCUUAAACCGUUAAGCAUUGUGCUCCUCAAAGAAAGACGAUUUGAUCUCCCCACAGUAAUCUAUUAUAACAUGCUUCUUCUCCUGCUUCUUUUUCUUCUUCUUCUUCUUAAUAAGCUCACUGCUAGAAAAAAAAACCUGAUAAUUUGCCAUUUCCAGUGAAAGUGUUUCCAUCAGACAGAAGUGAAAGUGUCUUCCUCAGUGACUGAUAGACAGCAAGCAGUACACAGGCAGGUACAUACAGAAAUAUUUCAGCACCGAGCCAUUAGCCUGAAGAACCCAGUUAAAAUGAGUCCAGUGUACGAGUUGUUCAAAGCAACCCUCAAUUUGUCAACUCUAAGCGCACAAAUGAAAAAUGAGCACAGAAAAGCAGUAUGGAAUAUCUAGAAUACUGCACUUGCAUGGCUGAAUGACCAAAUCAUUCAUGUUUGUUGUAUUUUUCGGUGAAUAUAAUGACUUGGUCAGGCAUUUCAGCUAAUAUUUUUUUAACCUGAUGCGACAUACUCACUUUGUAUAUCCAGCCUAUCCAUAAAACCAGCCUUGUUUAGCUCUCUUCAGCAUUUCACAUUAAAUUACCCAUUUCUAAUUUGAUUUUCCGACAUGCACCACUGCGUCACAGUAACCAAACUCCAUUCCAAGCGAAAAAACAAUGCAGUAUUAAAUUUGUGCAUGUAUUAUGCAAGUAAAAUAUGAAACAGAUCUGCUAGAAGCAGUGAACAAGAAGGGUCUGUGUAUAACUAAUUCAGAUAAAUUGGAUGGAAUCCUGGCUAUUGGUACCGCUGAACUAAACCGUCACUCAGCACACACAGGCACAAACUCACACUUGCUGUAUCUCCUGUCUCGGUACUCAGGUGACUCACCUGUCUAUCUUUUCCUCUUCUCUAACUGAGCUCUUUGCAUCAUUCAACAAUUCAUUCAUUUCCACCAUAGGCCGUGCUUGUUAAAAUUUCUUCUUCAUGCAUUAUUCAUAUGCAGCCAACAGUCAAACAUCCAUCUUUUUAUGCUAUUAUUUCUUAUUUUCUAUGCUAGUACAUUUUAAACAGCGCACUGAUUGUGGCUGGUGUGACUGAGCUACAUGCUGGUUCUGCAUGAGCAACUAAUGAAAUCCUUCUGAUGAAAAUUGAUAUCUUGUGUUAGCACGGGCGACUGAUCGGAGCUCUGUUCUCACUCGUUCUUAUUUCUUUGCAAAAUACUUAAGGCUCGGGAUAUGAACUUUAGCAAUCUAUUCUACUGUACAUGAACUAGACUACAGUCAGUGACGCAAAACACAUGAGAGUCUGCUUUUGCUGUCACACAUCUGAUCUGUACAUACUUACAUACAGAUUUCUUAAUAACUUUGCUUCUUUUUUUUGUUGUUGUUCUUCCCUGUUGAUUAGAACCCUUACCUCCACACAUUGCCUUGAUUUCAGUUAAAUUGCAACACAGCCACAAAAGUUGUAUGAAAAUAACCGAAUUAUUAUGCAUAAAAAUGUAUAAUGUUCUAUUAUACAUAGAAAUGUUUAAUAAAAGCUCAUUCAUUACUACUUCUAAAAUUCCUAAUGAAAUUAUUUCAUAUAAACAUUGCAAUUUUCCAUCUGUUUACUUCCCAAAAGCUGAUUAGCGGUGCUUUUACAGUUGUGGCCAUUAAUGCUUGUGACUUAAUUUCCCCAGCGGUGAGAAAGGAGUAGUGGGGAGGGGGGAGGGUGGGAGGGGGGUGGUGAAUAAAUGCUGUGGAAGUCUAAAAAUCACUCAGCCUUGCCCAAACUAAAAGUGCAGCAUGUCUUUCAUCCGCCUGGCCUUUCAUUGCUCAUCAUAUUUUCUGCUGAAGGCCUGAUUUAUGUGUAUAAUGCCCCCUCGUUCUCACCCACUCAUACUCAUGCUCAGAAAUAUCAGCCAUCAGUGGAACCUAUGCUUCCUCUUGUCAUUAGUGCUGCCAGACAGACAGCGUGAUGCAAGCAGGUACCAUGGCAACCUGGCGCCUUUCUGUCUUCUGCACAAAACCUCUAAAUUCCUUGGUUUUCUCUUACAGAAACACUUUCGCUUUGACACUUCUGACCACUCGAAUACUGCAUCAGUGUGACCUGACCUUCUCCUUAAACCACUUUCCUAGUUCUCAUUCUUGUGAAGAGAAAUAAAGUGUGCGUUUUUUUUUGUGUUUUUCCUUUUGUUUUAAUUUAAUUUGAUCGUUUUUUUUUUUUUUUGUGUGUGUGUGUACAAAACCCCCGCAGUUCCUCCAAUGGAGUCAAGUAAGACUACAGGUGCUCUCGUCUCUGUUCUGCUUCUAUAUCUCUGUCCUUUUCACGUUAAUUUAUUGUGUUGUUUUUUUUUUUUUUUUUCUGAAGCUAAUCUGCCUCUAUUGCUGAUGACAAAUAUUCCUUUUUUGUAAGAUUUUUUCUCUUCCUUUUGUUAACUUUAGUCACUGCUAUUGUAACAAAACGCACUGUGAUGAUCCCAGUAUUAAUAAAAAUUGUACUUAAACUG